AUGCAAUUCCCUCCUGGCUCUACAGUGGAAGUUUCGGUCAUCGACACAACUACAUACCUGACCAAUAUCAAGGGAAAUAUUGUCGUCGACCCCGUCUAUCCUGGCUACGAGAUUCUUAAGAUACCCAGCUUUUCUUUCCUCAUUCAUCAUCCGCCCUCUGGUAGCCAUGUGCUAUUCGAUCUCGGGCUACGCAAGAACUGGCGUACACAUUUGAGCCCGCACCUUCUCAAGGAAAUUCUUGCCGCGCCCUACGACAUCCACUGUACCAAGGACGUGGCCGAUAUACUCGCAGAGCACAAUAUAUCCCCCGAUAUGAUAGACACGGUCAUAUUCAGUCACCAUCACUGGGACCACGUCGGGGAUACCACACGCUUUCCCAGCUCAACGCGGAUUAUGACGGGCCCCGGAUACAAGGCCAAAUAUCUCCCUGGCUGGCCAAUCGACCCGGCAGCAACUGAAACAACCUCAGACCUCUAUGCAGACCGAGAACUCAUUGAAAUCAACUUUGAAGACCGAUCAUCUUCUUUGAAUAUCCAUGGCUAUCAGGCAUACGACUACUUCGGAGACGGUAGCUUCUAUCUUCUCAACGCACCUGGUCAUACGACCGGGCAUCUCAACGCAUUAGUGCGCACCACCAGCGCAUCCCCUGGCAGUGAUGACACUUUUAUCCUUCUCGGUGCCGACACUGCCCAUCAUUGUAGUGUGUUGCGACCCUCGGCCUAUUGCCCGCUUCCAGGGAUUCUCCGUCCUGCGCCCGCUAGUCAGGACACGGAGAGUUCUUGCUCCAGCAAAAAGUAUCUCGGUUCCCAUAGAGUCUUUGCAAAGGAACGUGAUGCGGCUAGUACAAUUAGCUUUUGCCAAAUUCCCGAGCCGAAUCCGUAUGACGAGGAUAUUGAGGUGGCUCGACAGUCGCUCGACAAGUUGGUUCCUCUUGACGGGACUGACAAUGUUUUUACUAUAUUUUCCCAUGAUGAUACCUUGGCCGAUGUCAUCGAUUUCUUUCCCGGGAUGGCAAAUGAAUGGAAGGCCAAAGAAUGGAAGGCAAGGGGACAUUGGAAAUUUUUGGCACCACUGCGAUUGACCGAAAGCAUUGAAUAA